AAUGUGUUGUUGUUUUGAGCCCAAACGGAUUGCAUUGGUGCAAUGCAGCAGCAGAUGGAUGUUGCAAUCUGUUUGUCCCCACUGACUUCUGCUUUGUGAGCCUGACGGUCUAUAGGUUUGUAUAAGCCCCUAUCAUGUCUUCAGCCUGUCCUCCACAAUCUCCAGCCGUGGCCAAGACUGAAGUUCUGGUUGACGACUGUUGUCCUGUUCUGGCUGCGACCUUCGCUUACUGGGACAACAUCCUCGGACCUCGUGUCCGGCACAUCUGGGCACCGAAAAGCCAAGGGUUGCUGCUGCUCAGUGACGGAGAGGUCACAUUUCUGGCCAAUCACACGCUGAACGGUGAGAUUUUGCGCAGCGCAGAGAGCGGCGCGGUGGAUGUCAAGUUCUUCGUCUUGGCUGAAAAGGGAGUCAUCAUCGUCUCUCUGAUAUUUGACGGAGAACUCAAGGGUGAUAAGAACACUUGCGCGCUGUCAAUCAUCUUGCCGCAGUCAGAGCUUAGCUUCUACCUGCCUCUGCACGCCGUAUGUGUGGAGAGACUCAAACAUGUCAUCCGCAAGGGACGCAUCUGCAUGCAGAAGGGUUACAACAUAAUCUCUAUGUUGUCAUCCGAGAUUGUUCCUAUAAUGGAGCUUCUCACUUCUAUGAAGAAACACAGUGUGCCAGAGGAGGUUGAUCUAAAGGACACUGUGCUCAACGACGAUGAUAUUGGAGACAGCUGUCAUGAAGACUUUUUGCACAAGGCCAUCAGCUCUCAUCUUCAGACUUGCGGCUGUUCCAUGGUGGUUGGCAGCAAUCCUGAGAAAGUCAAUAAGAUUGUUCUCACGCUGUGCCUCUUCCUCACUCCUGCGGAGAGAAAGUGCUCUAGACUGUGUCAUCCAGACGGCUCCUUUAAAUAUGACACCGGCCUGUUUGUGCAGGGCCUCCUUAAGGACUCCACCGGCAGUUUUGUGUUUCCCUACCGGCAGGUGCUCUACUCGCCAUAUCCCACCACCCACAUCGACGUGGACAUUAACACAGUGAAGCAGAUGCCACCCUGCCACGAGCACACGUAUCAUCAGCGGCGCUACAUGCGUGCGGAGCUCAGUGCCCUCUGGAAGGCGGCCAGCGAGGAUGACUUCAGUUCAGACAACCUCAUCAAUGCCCAGGACUCCUACACACCAGACCUGAAUAUAUUUCAGGACGUGAUGCACAAAGACACGCUUGUGAAGUCUUUCAUAGAUGAGGUGUUUCUGUUGAAACCAGGUCUGUCUCUGCGUAGUGUGUAUUUGUCCCACUUCCUUCUCCUGUUGCACAGGAAGGCCCUGACGCUGCUCAGAUACAUUGAGGAUGAGACGCAGAAGGGGAAGAAGCCUUUCAGAUCUCUGCGCAAUCUGAAAACCGAUUUGGACCUGACGGUGGAGGGCGACUUGAAUAUCAUCAUGGCGAUGGCGGAGAAGCUGCGGGCCGGCCUUCACUCUUUUGUUUUCGGGAAGUCUUUCCUGACCAGCGUGCAGGAGCGCGACCUCCUCAUCAACUUCUGACCUCUGAACCUAGUGUUUAACACACCACCACAUGCUGCACACUCUUGCGUCUUGAUGUUUUAUUUGAAGUAUAUUUAUAUGUGCUCUUUGUUUACAGCAUUCUGCACUGUGCCUGCUGCUGAAAUGCCAAUUUGUGCAAUUUUUGCUUUAGAAUAAUGACCUGCUAAAUGAUGAAACUGA